AUGGCGGCCGACAAGAAGGACAAGUCUCAGAUUCAUAAAUUGGCUCUUCGAGGGUCCGCGAAAACGGUGGCCGAAUUUUUUGAGUAUUCGAUAAAUACCAUCUUGUUUCAGAGAGGUGUAUAUCCCGCGGAGGACUUUACACCGGUCAAAAAGUAUGGACUCAAUAUGCUUGUGUCCUCGGAUGAUCAAGUCAAGGCAUAUAUCAAAAAGAUCAUGUCGCAACUGAACAAAUGGAUGAUCGGAGGCAAGAUCUCAAAAUUAGUGGUGAUCAUCACGAGUAAAGAGACUGGCGAACAUGUCGAGCGAUGGCAGUUUGAUGUUCAUAUGACGAGCAAGUCCUCGAAACGUCAAUCCUCAAAGAAGGCUCCAGACAAAGAAAAUGCGGCGCCAGAAGAAGCAGCUCCGGCAGAACCGGAACCAGAGAAGACGGAGGCACAGAUACAAGAAGAAAUUCAGGCAAUCUUCCGACAAAUCACCGCUUCUGUCACAUUUCUACCUGUGCUCGACGGGAACUGUACCUUCAAUGUGUUGGUCUAUGCAGACGCGGACUCAGACGUGCCCAUUGAAUGGGGAGAUAGCGACGCCAAAGAUAUCAAAAAUGGAGAGAAAGUCCAACUUCGAAGUUUCAGCACCAGCAAUCACAAGGUGGAUACAAUGGUCAGCUAUCGUUUGGCAGACUGA